AUGAAUAUAGCGAAGUUGAAAUGUAACCCAAUUCCGUUGGCUCUGAGGGUGAGCGACUUCCCCAUCACAUGGAGCCAUUUUAGGGGUCGAGCGUUUAUACGGAGCGCGUUCUCUUUACCAGUUCUAUCUAGGAGGUCCGAACCUCUAGUCACGGGUAACACCACACAUGCUAAAACCCUCAGUGUAGUUAGUUCACCCUGGAGUGUCGAAAGUUGGAACUUACUCUCAAAAGAAAAAUUUGAGGGCGAGAAAUUCUCCUUCUCCUCGCUCGCCUCGUCUACUCUCUCGGAGACAGUCCUCCCAAAGUCCACGACAACUAUGGGUAUCCCUAGCCAAAGCAGUACAGUAGUAAUUGGAGUGUCGAAGAGGAACAAACCAAAAACGCCAAUGAGGAUCACACAACAGACCAUAAGCUCUUGGUCUUCAGAGACAUUUAUUUGUAAUGAACCAGCCAGCAGUAAGCCAGGAAGUGUGAAGGUAAAAUAUCCGUGGAGCCCAGCAAGCUCUCUCAGCGACUCAGACUUUUAUCCGAGUAGUACAAUGACUUUAGCGUCUCGUAAAGAAAGUAAGUCGACUAUGGUGUCGGAGCAGCCUAGUGCCCUGCAUGGUCCUUCGCACUCUACACAUGGUUCAACGGCGCCAAAUGCUGUCAAUGUUGAACAUGAACUACAGGACGAUCCUAUGAUUGAUAUCGUUUUCGACGGACCGGUUGUCGCCUUUUGUGACUUUGUGAUUGACAGUACAGUAUAA